GGUCAUCUUAAACGGGUAUAGUAUAUAUUGCUGCUGGCAAUUCCAACGCCGCGGCUGUCGCGUUCGAGCAACGGUGUCAGAAACCGACCUGCGCCAUCCAGGAAGUUGCUUCGUAGCAAAACCUGUAUUUUUAUUGCAUAAGGUCACCUCAAUUGACAUACAGCAAGGGCAGCUGCCUCUAGAGCUUCACUUUUGGACAUUGGAGUGCGACCUUCUGGUAAACUUGGCGUAGGAAAGCUGUUUUCUGCAUCUGAGCCUUGUAAGCUUACAAACAUUAGACUAUGACAACAACACGCCGUGCGAGCGCGGCUGCUGCAGCAGUUUCAGCGGAGUCAGCUGGAACGAGGCGCACAUCAUCUCGUGUCGCCGCUCGCAAAGCCGAUAAGCCCUCAAAGGCUACUCCCUCAGCGAAUGCUAAGGCGGAAGCUGUUCCGCAAGCUGAGGUGGCCGCCCCUUCAGCAAAGGGAGGCAAGCGCUCGCGGGUCAAGGAGCCCCAACCUGCAGCCAUCACCAAGGAGGAUGACAAAACCCAACAGCAAGCUGCUAAACGACAACGCGGCCGAGGUCGUAAAUCAGCUGCAACCGAGCCAUCACCUCAGAACGGCGCUCCUGCCGAAGCACCAGAGCAGCCUACUCCAGAGCCCGAGGAGCGGCCCCUUAAGCGCUCCAGGAGGGUCGGUCGCCCCUCGAAGGUCGACACUCUUGCUGCUAAAGCUGCUGCUGCUGCGGCUAGUCCGUCUGCCUGCGCCGCAGCUCCCUGCACCCAAGGCAACAAGGCGACGACUGCCGCCGCUAACGAGACUGCGGCACCUUCUGGAGAACAGGCGGCCGACGCUGCACACCAGCUACAGCUGCAGGAUUCCUCCACGCAGCCAUGCGAGGAAGCGCCUAAGCCGCAGCCACAAGCGCAGCCCACGGUCCAGCCCCAGCCGGCUCCCCCGGUAAUCCCGAGCCAGCCGCAGCUGCCGGCACUUUCUCCGCGCCGCAGCCCACCGGCCUCACCCCGUAGGGUACUUGUCGCCACCGCAGCAGCAGCUGCCCCUGCAUCUCCCAAGGCACCCGUCCCGGCCCCGCAACCAGUUAUUGCUGCACCGCCUGUGGCAGCGCCUCCCGCAGUGGCACCCUCUGCCCAACCCAAAGUCCCCCUCACCGACGCGGAGAUCUCACAACUUCGCAAGCUGCUGAUGCCUGGCGCCCUGGCGGGCACCUUGAUGGGGUGCGCAGCAACAGCCGCUGCUGACUCCACCACUGCGGCUGCCGGACCGUCGGGGGUUGACGGCCAGGCAUCCGCGGAUGUGGGCGGCGCUACUGAGCCGGCUGGGCGCGGAGGGCAGUUCAAGGAGCUGUACGGAAUGGUUUCGGAGUGCUGCUCGUCAGGACGCGGCAAUUCGGUGUACAUUAGCGGCCUACCAGGCACCGGCAAGACGUACACCGUGUCGCGCCUGCUCGCCUCCCUGCCUGGCCUCGCUGCCGCGCACAAGGGCGUCUCCUUCUGCUGCGCCACUCUCAACUGCAUGGCGCUGGACGACCCCGCUCAGCUGUACGGCAGGCUGCAGCACGAGCUGCUGCGCACACCCGGCUCGACCCCGGCCACAGACGCUGCCACAGCGUACGACAACCUUCUUGCCACCCUCCGCAAGAUCUGUGUCGUACAACCGAGCGGCGGAUCCAGCAAGGGCGCCGGCAAGGCCAAGGGCACGAAGCGCGGCCGCGGCGCCGCCGCCGGCUCGAGCGCGGCUGGAAGCGACGAGGCCCUGGGUCGGCGGGUGGUGGUGGUGGUUCUAGAUGAGGUGGACCGGCUGCUUCGGCGGAAGGAGGGCGGGGAGGACCUGGCGAGGCUCUUUCAGCUGCCGACGGCGCCGGGUGUGUCGCUGGUGCUGCUGGCGGUGGCCAACAGUCUGGACCUGACAGAGCGCAUGAUGCCGCUGCUGCGAGCCAGGGGGCUGGCGCCGCGCCACCUGGUCUUCACCGCCUACAGCCGCCCGCAGGUCCUCGCCAUCCUGGCAGCGCAGCUGAGCGCCCACCCUCGCGGGCGCCGCUGCUUCGACGAUGCAGCACUGGACAUGAUUGCCAAGAGCGUCAGCAGCAGCAGCGGGGACCUACGCCAUGCGCUCAAGGCCUGCCGCACUGCUCUGGACGUGGUGUUGGACCACAACCGCUCCCAGCCAGCCGCCGCGCGUGCCUCUGUCGGAAUCCGCGAGGUGCACGCCGCUCUGCAGCGCAUGAACAGCCAGGGCAACGGCCAGUCGGCCAUGGUGGCCAAAAUCAAGGGCUUGCCGCCCCAGCAGCAGCUCGUGCUGCUGGCCCUCGCAACCGCCGUGGGCUCCCGCGCAGCCGCCGCUGGUGCCGACGCCGCCGUCGUGCCGGGAAGCGGAUUUCAACCCAACGGCGCGCUGUUCACCGGCGCGCGACCCAAAUUCGCCGACUCGGUGGCUUUCCGGGAAAUUGGCAACCAGAUUGCCGCCGCGCCCAUCAACAACCCCGGCGCCUGCUUUGACGGCCCUACACCCAGCAAGGCCGGCAAGCCUGGUGCUGCACCCGCUAAUACCCCGACCGUCAGUCGCGUGCGUGGCAUCACAGGGCCUGGAGCCGGCGGCGGCGCCGCUGGCACCCCUGGUAGCUGCGCCCGCGCGCCGCCUUCCCGCACCCCCGCCAGCAUCCUGGCUGGUGACGCGGGCCUUGCGCUCAGCCUGGCUGACGUGUACUCUGCCUACUGCGGCCUGUGCCGCCAGCUGGACAUCCCCGCCAUGAGCGAGUCGGCCUUCCGUACGGAUGCCCUCAUGGGGCUGGACUGCGACGGUUUGCUGCGCCUGACGGAGGGGCGCACUCCGGCGGCCACGCGGCUGAGCCUGCGGGUCAUGGUCCGGGACGUGCAGACAGCGCUUGCGGACAAUGUAAUGUUCAAGAGGCUCAUGGGGGCCAAGGCGCCGGCGACGGGGGUAGCUGCAGGCGCGGCUACUGGGGCUGUGCGCGCGUAAGAUGGGAGGAGCGUGGGUGGAAUGCGAGUGGUUUGGCGUUUGAGGAUAGGUGGAUGAGGUCGAGGUUUGGGAAGGAUUUUGGUGGUAUAAUAGCUAUUGACAGACCAUUUGUCUGUGUUGGAUGUUGGACGCGUGGAUGAAGAAUAGCGGUUGCGUGGUAUGGUUUGACGCAGUGUACACCGCAGGAUUUUGCUGGGGACUUAAGGACUGGUGGUGGUAGAAGGUCUUGUGUAGUAAGGCUGGGUAUGCCUCGUGGCGCGGUAGGGAGAGGCCUGUAGCUCGGAUUGUGUCGCCCAUGCCGGCAUGCUGUAUAGGUGCGGCGGUUUGUGUCCCCGGUGUGCUGUUAGCCGCAGCGUUGGAAACCACGCUUGGUUGGUCGUGCCCACAGUGCAUGUGUCCUCUUCUAGCCUCUUACCAAGCACAUAAUGCGCUUGGAAUAAUGCUUAUCUGUUGGAUUUAUUGUAGUGGGCCAAUGCCACUUAGAACCCUUUCUGGGUUGUUGACAUUUAGCUGGGGCUGGACAAUCAUGCUGUGCUUAAAGCUGCAUGCUACUUUUCCUGCUCAAUUCUCACUCACCUAUCUUAGCGUUAGUUAAUGCCUAUAUUGCGUAUCUAAGCUUUUGGAAAACACAUGUAACAGUUCCACGGCUGACUGAUACGAACCCCAUGUCAGACAUGCGGUCUCCGCUGGGUCAAUUGUGUACCCAACCACGACGCUCAAUGGUUAAUCGCUAGUAUACCGACAUCGUUUGAUUGUGAGUCGUUACCUCUUCUUAUGUGUGUCUUUGCCUGUUCCUAAUCAUCCUUCGCUUUCACAGGUGUGGCAAUUUGCAACCAUCCUUCUUUACCUAAAUGUAAUGCGCAUCUGUAAGACAUAAUAUAGUAACAUUUCUUCAAGGAACAUCGUUUGUAAGGGCUGUGGCCAGGGCAUCCUCAACCGCGGUUGGAGCUUCAGCGAAGCUAAGCUGGAGGGCGCUGGAGAACACGUCUACGUUUGGCCAUCGUACCUUGCUGCUAUAGCAAGCGGCCAUAGCAACAGCCAGGAUGCUUACGCUAUGACUCGGGUUUGCCAAUAACACGACGAUAAGGUCUGCUAGGUGGUACCUGGUCACCUCCAUCUUCCCGCGCCGUGGUGGCGUGGCCGCUGCCAUCCAUGCCCGAUGCUUCAUCCAGCCCUAGUUCAGGGGGGCAACGGCCGCAUGCGUAUCGGCGCUUGCGAUCAGAAGAUUGCAAACCGCUUAUACCGCUACUGGGGCUCCUCCUCGCGCCAUUGCUUUUACCAGCUUUUGGGCCCCGGGCAUCCUUCUUGGCGGCUGCAAGCUCCUCACAGCAGCUCAAUUCUCAGUCCUUGCGAAAUCUUGCAGCUAGAGACAGCGUAGCUGCUGCUUCAACCAGCAGCAGCAGCCUCAACGAUGGCAUGGACAGCAGCAGCAGCAACACCCCUAGCUACGAGCUACCAGCGACUCCAGCGGAGCUCAUGCACUGCAUCAACAGCCACCAGUCAAACCUUAGUCAAACCGGUACGACAUGGCAACACGCCACGUCAGAUAAAAUCUUCCCGCACUUCAGAGUGGUGGGCAUGUGGUGGUCCUCCAAGCCCGCCGACGUGCCGCUCACGAUCACCACUCAGCUUUCAUGGAACCGUAAGUGGCAACUGAAGGCCAUGUGCCGCAGCUGGGGCGGCCCCAUUGCCGCCGUACUGCACAUGCCCGUACUGCUGCCACGUCUGACGCGGCGGCCGGACGCUACGCUCGAGGAUCUGGCCAAUGCGACGCUGCUGCAGCGAGCAAUUGACACGGUUGCCGCCUUCCAUGCACGCAUCGACAGCACUCAGCCCUGCAAGAUGGACCUCAUGCUGCUCGCGGAGCCGUACCUGGAUGGGAAAUCGCUGGUGCUCUACCCAGUCAACAUUAUGCGCAACUACGCGCGUCUCAUGGCCCGCACGCCCCUUAUUGGCGUGGUUGACGUGGACCUCCUCGUCUCCUCCUCGCUCAGGCAACAGAUGCUGCAGCCAGCGGCGGCAGCGCGAUACGUCUCGGAAGCAGAGGCGGCGGCGACAGUGCUGGCGGGUGAAGCUCGCCGCCGCGGCGCCGCCGCCGCCAGCGGAAUGUCGCGUGUCAGCGGUGUGGAGCAGCUGGCGGCGGCGCUGAACGUGAACGGUACGGCACCAGGGCCACAGGAGUGGAUGUUGCGCAACGGGUUGCAGGAGCUGCUGGAGGCUCAAGAGGCCCAGGAGCUGGCAGCACGGGAGGCGGCGGAGGCGGCGGAGGCGGCGGCGGCGGCGGCCGGGGGUGGCAUGGGUAAUGGAUCGCAGCGGCAAUCACAGAGAGGACGAAGGUGGAGGAAGUUAAUGGGGCAACAACAGGGACAGCAGCAGCAAGGGCUGCGUCGACUGAGUGGAGAGGGUAGUCAGAGCGCGGGCGGGAGUAGCGGUUCUGCUGCUGUUGCAGCUGCUGCAGGACUGAAGCGACGGGUUGCUUACGUGCUGCCUGCGUUCGUGACUCGGGGAGGCAGUGUUGACGCUCAGAUCGCCCGGGCCGACCUGCUAGUGGAGCUGCCCAAGCAGCAGCUAAGCGAGUACUGGGCGCGACAGCAGAUCAUGCGCUUCGACCCAGCCUCCAGCGGCCAUAAGAACACCGACUAUGGCGCAUGGUUUAAUGCUACAGCUCCGUACACCGUACAAUGGUCGGAUCGCUACGAACCGUGGGUCUUUGUGGACCGCCUAAGUUCCUCGUGGGCUGACUGGCGCUUCCGAGGGUACGGCAAGAACAAGAUUGUGCAUAUUCGUACUCUUGCGUACGAGGGGUACGACAUGGUGGUUCAUCCGGAGGCGUUUCUGGUGCACCGGCCGCAUCUGGAGAGCAACAGCUUGAAGGCGCAUUUGAGGGGGUCGUACGGCAAGACUCUGGGGCACGGAUUCAACAUGUACGGCCAUAACCUGCAGCUGUACCAUACGGUUGCCAGCGAAAUGGCGUACGGCAACUACACGGUCGCUGUGGACCCCGCUACGGAAGCCUGUCGUACCGAGCUGAGCUGGUGGCGCACCAGUACGACAACCUGAUAGCGCUUUCAUGGUUGAAAUAGUGUGUGGGUUGACUGAGGCGCAGUUGUGGGGGGAUGCCCAGCGUUCACCAACUACUUGUAAGGGUGCAUAGGUUGUCA